AUGCCGAACCAAGUUUCUUGGGUUGCCCCCGACGAGAAGAAAUUCCGCUCCUACACCGAGAGCGCCGACUACAGCUUGCCCAAGGGGUUCGAGGAUUGGUGUGUGCUAUUGAAAAAUCUAGGCCAGUAUUUCGGUCUCUACCCCGUGCACCGGAUCCUCCGUACCAAGAUCAAGCCCAUCUUUACGACAUCAAAGGGUCGAGCUAUCUCAAGGCUGCCGAAGCUUCGCUGUCGGUGGUUUUGGCGUUGCAUCGCUAUGUCUGGGCUUGACUCCUUCUCCUACCGGCACUUCCCUUCGGCAAUGUGUGGACAUGCCAGGAAUCGCCAGCUGCAGUGCCGAGUUCUUCUUUGCCCGAAGUGCGAUCACUACAUCACCAGCUGUACCGAGCCGCCACUGCUCUUUGACCCAGCCGGAUCCGUUCUGGCUGAGCUGGAAACCUCGCAGACGAGCGAGUCUGCGACGAGGUUUCAUGUGGUUCUUUCGCCGGCUGCUGCCUCUGCUUCGCAUAUGCUCCAGGCCGGCAAGGUUCCGGUGCCUGAGUUGCCAGCCCCCGGUCCCGAUGGGCGCAAUGGCACUGCCAAGAAACGGCCGAUCCUUCAUGCGGAAAAUGUGGAGCAGAAUGUGGCCGAGCGCACACCGAGUCUCUUCCUGAAGAGUGGAUCCCAGUUGCAGGGCUACCAGUUCAGCCAGUACUUUCACCGCGAGCUCACCGCACGGCUGCCCACCCAAGGCUCUGCGACAGAGAGCCUUUAUGACUCUGAGAAGUAUGAAGUGCUUUUGCUUUGGACACUGUUCUUGGCACAGCGGGGUGCAGACGACUGGCCUGGCCCCAAUGUGGAAGCCGCGAUCUCCGCUGGCGUAGCGAAGAUUGUAGCUUCCGACUACCACUUUGCAGCACUGAAGUCCGACGGCAGCGUCGUUACUUGGGCUUCCCGGACAUGCACUGCCUGCCAAGAUGCCCCAGCGGCAGACUUGGUUUCGGAUGUUGCCGACAUCUCCGCGGGAACCGGGGCGGUGGCUGCAUUGAAGCGAAACGGCACCAUACUGGCCUGGGGCAAGAGGUGCUGCGGCGGCGACUUCCCGGAGGUCCAGUAUGCCUCCGCGUCGGCAGCGAAGGCGAUCAGCCUCCAAGCCCUCCGGGGCGGUGGCUUCGCAGCGGGGAUGGCCGAUGGCGGCGUCUUCACCUGGGGCCGCACCAAACGGUGGGCUGGGGAUGCCACAGAGAUGACAGGCAGCGACUCGACCACCCGGGCCGCCCAGCGGCUGCGAGGGUUAGCAUCAGUCUGGGAUCCUACUUGUGCUCGGCUGUUCACCGGAUCUCGUCUACCUGGUGGCAGAGCCUUGCAAGAGAUCACCACAAGCACGAUGUCGACAACGGCGACAUCAUCGACGUCAAGUUCCACUGUGAGUUCAUCCACAGCAUCGACCGUGACUUCUUCGUCAUCUUCUAUGACUAUCACUUCAUCCACAGACACGACAUCUACAGGCACUACAUCGACGGACACGACCUCAACAGCCACGACCUCUACGAACACGACAUCUACAGCCACGACAACCUCAUCCAGCAUGACAACAAGCUCGACUUCCUCAUCUUUGACGCACACCACCUCCACCUCGACGUCAGCGACUGCCACGGUAACCACAUCAACGAAAACAACAUCUACCCGAACCGUCACGAGCAUUACACAGACCACGUCCACAGCAACGACCAUCACGAUUACAACUUCCACUGCUACAACCGUGACUACGACUUCUUCAACAGGGACCACGACUUCAUUUACAUCGUCAAGCAGCAGCACUACAAGCACAUCCAGCACCUCAAGUACCUCCAGUAGUACUACAACAAGCUCCUCGACAUCAUCUUCUACGACGAAGACAUUCACGACGUCGACGUCGAGCAGCGCAACAUCAACAAGCUCCACGACUACGUCAAUCACGACAUCCUCCACGACGAAGACAGUCACGACUUCUACGUCGAGCAGCGCAACCUCAACAAGCUCCACGACUACAUCAGUUACAACAUCCUCCACGACGAAGACUGUUACAACUUCAACAUCAAGCAGCGCAACAUCAACAAGCUCUACGUCCACCACCUCCACAUUCUCCUCUUCAAGCAUAACUCACACGACUUCCACAUCUAGCAGUGCCACAUCUACAAGUUCUAGCACCACAUCGCAGACAACAUCUUCUACGACAGAGACACAUACAACCUCCACUUCCAGCAGCGCUACCUCAACGAGCUCCACGACGACAUCUUCCACGACCUCCUCGACAACACUGACAAAAACGACUUCAACUUCCAGCAGUGCGACCUCGACGAGCACCAGUUCUUCAAGCACCAGCACGACCUCGACCUCGGGCACAUCCAGCAGCACCAGUCUCACAAGCACAUCGUCGACGGUUACCACUGUCACAAGUUCAAGCUCCACCUCGACGAGCUCCACCACGUCAACGACGACCACAACGAGUUCUUCGACCACGAGCUCUUCCAGCACGACGACAACCACCACGCUCUUCGAAGUGGUGGUGAUACCCGACACCUUGCAGAACACCACACAGGGGGAGGUGUUGGUUCAGUCGUUGGAGGCGGCGCUCUCCCUGACUGCCUUGAACGAAUCGAUGCUCGUGGCGGACACGGAAACAGGCCGUGUCACUGCGGUCAAGCUGGCGCCGGCCGAAAACGAAACAUCGACGGUGCUCACCCUCGAACGGACGAGUGGGUCAGGGACGAUGAGUGUGGUUGUGCCACAAGAUCUGCUGCAGAAUCUGUCAACCGCGGGCAACACCAUCAUGGUGAUGACAGAGGUGACAGAAGAGGUGACCAGAGGAAUACCAACGGGUGCUGAAACUGGAGACAAGGUAGUUCUCCAUUCUCCUGUGGUGGACUUCUCCUUCGUGAAUGAGGUCAGCGGCACGCUCCGGUUGGUGGAGGUGAAUGGCAGCGUGCCCAUCGGCUUCACCAUCACGAACCGUCCGCCAGUUCCGGGAGAGAGGUGUAGCUACUUCGAUCCUGUCUUAAACGCCUGGUCGGAUGCCGGAAUGGAGCUUGUGAAUGGCAGCUACACUGACGAUCCAGAUGGAGCCAACGUAUCCUGGUGCGUGACGACGCAUACGUCUAUGUUUGCGUUGAUCCAGAGCCUCCCACUGGAUCUACUCCACGAGAGCGAUGACAACGCCCUGAACGUGUCUGGGUACAUGGCUGCCAUCGGCGUCACCCUGGGCAUGGUGUUCAUCCUCUGCGUGAUGUGUAGCCCCUGGCUCCGGCGUGUUCGCGCCCCAACGUCGGGGCAUGUGAGGCUUGUGAGCCGUGACGGCCAGGUACGGCAUGUUGGGUUCGAGUGCAGCCUCCGGGAAAGAGACAAGGAGGAUGCAGUGCAAUCGGCGCCCUCACUGCCGCGGGGAGCUUCGGGCAUGUCGGGCACGUCGCAGAAGUUGGGCCUCUCUAGAAAGGACAAGCCGAAGGUCGUAGUUAAGUGGGACAUCACGGAGGAGAUGCUGGAAGAUGUUGCCGACCAGAACUACUCCCGGAAAGCCGUGAAGACAAAUCUCAGCUGGACAGACCAGCGUCAGGUCGUCAAGUCGAAGACCUCAGAGUCUAUGGAGUCGAGACGCUCUGAUGAUCGGCAGAUGACCUUGCGCCGCCUUGCCGAGUCGAAAUCACAGUUCGAACUGAAGGAAGAUGGCGAUUCGGGCGACGAAGACGGGGACGAUCCAAGGGAGGCCGAAUUCUUUUACCAGGACUUCAACCUUGAUGACGAUGAUCAGCCCAUAACAGUCGACCUGGACGUGUGGUUCAAGCUGGACAGCCACGAGGCGUACAAGGAUGGAGAGGCCGUGAUGUAUUUCUCGGCAUCGCAGAGAGCCUUCAUCCCUGCAAAGAUUAUUGGGCACGGGCUCUACGAGAACGACACGGACGUCUUACCCAACUACGAUCUCAUAGUGGGUGUUCGGAAACAGAAGCGAACUAUGGUGCCUCUGUGCGCCCUCCGCCGGCCUCUACUUGCCGGUACUCACGUGCAAGCAUUCUUCGCGAAGGGCACUGCCAGGAGGGAAGACUCAGAAGGUCAGUCGGCCGCCAGCACCGCCAGGAAGGGCGAGUGGGUCAAUGGGCUGGUUCUGCAGCCACCAGCGCUCCACCUCUCCUCGCACGCCUCGACAUUUCACAUUCUGUUGGAGGAAGAGCGAGAACCUGGUCGCGGGCGGCAGUAUGACGUGAUGCUGUCACAGCUGCAGCGCCGUUACCUGCAGGGCGACCAGGUCGAAGUCUUUCGCGGCAGAGAAGGCUGGGCCCAUGGCGUCGUCGCCGAGGAUGUCGUCGAGGAAAUUCCGACAUUACCGGAAGACCUGCCAAUGGGCGGCCCGCCUCUGCCGGAGGAGGAUGCAGAGAGGGAGAAGCAGCCGGAGACAGCGGAAGAGGUCGUGGACGACCCCAGUACCUUGAAACGAGAGGGCAGCAUGGUGUCCAUGGCGUCCAUGGCUGAUAAAAGGCUCUUCAGCGUCGAG